UCCAGUUGCCUUUUGAAAAAAGCACCUUUGGGAACAGCUGAACUUCCUCUUCCGGAUCACUCAUGGGAGGAGAGUGGUGUGCAGAGCGGCUUUUGUGCUCUUCCCAUGAUCGAAGCAGCAGCUGGAAGAUGAACAGGAUGCCAAUAAGAGCUCUCUGGACAACUAUAAAUAACAAUCAAUGUUGAAAACGGAAGAAAAUCAAGCCAAAAAUCAAAAUAUAUUCUAUUCCCUGCAGAAAACCAUGCAAAUCUGCUCCUCCUCCAGCAGCCUGUUUCAGAGAGAAGAUCAAGAAAAAAUGAGCAGAUUAUGCGGAACUCAAUGAUACAUGGCAUGAGAGGGGAAGGGAGAUUGUUUAUAAUUCAGCAAAAGAGGGAAUAAAUAUCUGGAAGUCCGUUGGGAGGAAAAGAUCAAUAGUAAAGUCAUGUAGAACAAACAGGCUCUCCCUGUGAGGAAGAAGACAGCUUGAAUAAAAGCACCACUAAAGGCAUUGUCCAUAUUUUUGACUUCCUCAAGAAUAUCAACUGAGCAAAAGCUCCAUAGAUUUGGGAAAAGAAGACAUUGCAAAUCACAACUGAUUAUGCCCUAGAGGAGUCAGAAAGGAGAAAAUCCAUACUAAUUACCUGGUUGUGGCAAAAACUAUGGUCACAACGGCUCCCUUGUUGUUCAUGGAAGCACCUCUAGAAAAGAGGGAAGCCACAAAAGUGCUCCCAAUGUGGUAAAUGCUUUAAUGAGCAUGGCAACAUGGUGCUGCAUGAGAUAAUUCACAGGAGGGAGAAAACAUAUGCCUCUGCAGAUUGUGUGAAAGUUUCAUUAGAAAUUCCCAGGUCUUGAGACACUAAAGGAUGCAUACACAGGAAUAAAACCAUUUGAACAUCCUUUCUGUGGGAAAAGUUUCUGUGAGAAUUCCACCCUGGUGAAGCACCCGAGGUCUCCCACAAAAGAGAAACCCUUUGAAUGUCCUGAUUGUAGAAAAUAAAUGUAGUCAUAAUUUCAGUCUGGUGAUGCAUCAGUAGAUUGACUCAAGGGAGAAAUUGUAUGAGUAUGUAGAUUGUGAGAUAAGCUUCAGUAGAAAUUUCCAUAUCAAGAGACACCAGAUAACUCAUACAGAAGAAAAACCCUUUGAAUGUCCUGAUUAUGGGAAAGUCACAAUUCCAGCCUGGUGAUGCACCAGAAGACUCAAAUAGGAGAGAAAUGCUUUCAAUGUCCUGAUUGUUGGAAAACUUUCUGUUAUAAUUCCAUCUUGGUGAUACACCAGAGGAAUCAUAAAUGAGAAAAACCCAUUCAAUGUUCUGACUGUGGAAGAAGUUUCAGUCAUAAUUUCCGCCUGAUAAUAUAUCAGAGGAUUCACUCCAUGGAGAAACCUUAUGAAUGUCCAGAUUGUGGGAAAUGUUUCAUUAGAAACUCACAACUCCUGAAACACAAGACCACGCACACAGGAGAGAAACCCUUUGAAUGUCCUGAGUGUGGGAAAAGCUUUAGGGAUAAUUCCCGCCUAGAGAGACACCAGAGGACGCACACAGGAGAGAAACCCUUUGAAUGUCCUAUCUGUGGAAAAAGCUUUAGUCAGAAUUCCAAUCUGGUGACACACCAGAGGAUUCACACAGGAGAGAAACCCUUUGAAUGUCUGGAUUGUGGGAAAAGUUUCAGUCAGAAUUCCCACCUGGUGAUACACCAGAGGACUCACACAGGAGAGAAACCCUUUGAAUGUCCUAUUUGUGGGAAAAGUUUUAGUAAUAAUUCUAGCCUGGUGACACACCAGAGGACUCACACAGGAGAGAUACCCUUUGAAUGUCCUGACUGUGGGAAACACUUCAUUCGGAAUUCCAACCUGGUGAUACACCAGAGGACUCACACAGGAAAAAAACCCUUUGAAUGUCCUGACUGUGGGGAAAGUUUCAAUCGUAAUUCCCGCCUGGUGAUACACCAGAGGACUCACACGGGAGAGAAACCCUUUGAAUGUCCUGACUGUGGGAAAAGUUUCAGUUGGAAUUCCCACCUGGUGAUACACCAGAGGACUCACACAGGAGAGAAACCCUUUGAAUGUCCUGACUGUGGGAAAAGUUACAGUCUGAAUUCCCACCUGGUGAUACACCAGAGUACUCACACAGGAGAGAAACCCUUUGAAUGUCCUGACUGUGGAAAAAGUUUCAGUCGGAAUUCCGACCUGAUGAUACACCAGAGGACUCACACAGGAGAGAAACCCUUUGAAUGUUCUGACUGUGGGAAAAGUUUCAGUCGGAAUUCCCACCUGGUGAUACACAAGACGACUCAUACAGGAGAGAAACCCUUUGAAUGUCCUGAUUGUGGGAAAAGUUUCAGUCGGAAUUCCUACCUGGUGAUACACCAGAGGACUCACACUGGAGAGAAACCCUUUGAAUGUCCUGACUGUGGGAAAAGCUUUCGUCGGAAUUCCCAUCUGGUGACACACCAGAGGACUCACACAGGAGAGAAACCCUUUAAAUGUCCUGAUUGUGGGAAACAUUUCAGUCAGAAUUCCCACCUGGUGAUACACCAGAGGACACACACAGGAGAGAAACCGUUUGAAUGUCCUAUUUGUGGGAAAAGUUUUAGCAAUACUUCCAAUCUGGUGACACACCAGACAACUCACACAGGGGAGAAAUCCUUUGAAUGUCCUGACUGUGGGAAAAGCUUUAGUAAUAAUUCCAUACUGGUAAAACACAAGAAAAUACACAUGAAAGAAACCCUUUCAAUGUCCUGAUUGUGGGAAAUGUUUCAGUCAUAAUUCCAACCUGGUGAUACACCAGAGGACUCCCACCGUGGAGAAAUCUUUGAAUUAUCCAGUCUGUGGUCAUUACGUCAAGCAUAAAUCAUCCCUUAUUGCACGUAAAAUAAUCCAUAUGAGAAAUAGUAGAUGAGUUUAGAGAAUGCUUGAAUUUCAUUUGUUAUCUCCCUUUGAAAGUGUAGGUGAGAAAUUGAUUGUUUGAAUUUUGGCCUGAUUCAUUUUGCUCAAUCAUUUCUCAGGAUUAAAUUUGUAAGUGGAGUGAAAUGGAAAAUGGCUAACUACUAAUUUCUGGUUAUCAGGAAAGAUUCUGGAUAUUUCCUUUUCCAGAAUUGGAGGAAUUCCUCAAUAAGGAAUUUUGGGUGGAGAUUUUGUCUGUUGAUUAUGGAAUUCUCACAUGUGGAGUUUCAGUCUUCUACCUUGGUUUUGCCCGAUUUUCAGCCCCAGAAUUCUACAGCCCGCAUAAAAUUAGUCCUAAAGAUAUAACUAUUAUGGGCCUCGAAUUAAGGUUGCAUGUUGCAACGGCUGUUAAGUGAAAUUGCUUUCCUUAACUAUCCGAAUCCCCCUGCUCUCCCUGAUGCAGCCAUUUAAUCAAAUGUGCGAGUCGCUAAACAGAACACUGUCUACUCAGAGCUGGAAAAAACUCCUAGGAGGCCUCAUCCCACCCUCCAAGACAUCCUUUUUCUUUGUUUCCUAACCCUUGAGUCCCCUUGGCCCUUCACCCCCUCCCCCAGGGUGAGAAGAACAUAUAUCAGUGAUGGCUAACAGUUUUUGGAUCACGUGCCAAAAGCCGGGGGAGCGCAGGGGGGGUCGUGCGCGGGCAUGCCCAUACCCGUAAUGCUAUGCGCGCGACCCCAGCAUGUUUGCCCGAUCAGCACUCCCUAUGCUUUUGGUGCACUUUUUUUUUGCCCUCCCCAGGCUCCAGAGGCUUUCUAGGACGUGCCACAUGGCGUCCUGGCGCAAGCGUCAACAUAACAUACGUAUACUUGACUCACAUUCUUCUCUGCCUUCUCAGAAGGGAACCAAGAGUCAAAGUAGAAAUGGUUAGAGUGCACUUAGAGGAGUUUAGCCAAUAGGAAAAGGGUAGCCGAUGGGAGCUUUUUAAAACAUUAUUUCCUCAGGUUGUCAGGGCGUGGACCGCAAUGGUCCUAAAGUAAGCAGGUAAGACAUCCACCAAAACUAAGACUUGGUGCUUAUUUUGGGACCCAAAAGAGGGAAACGAGGGUAGGUAUAUAUGCAUAAUCUGUCCCCAGCACUUCCAGGUAUAUUCUAUGAUAACUCUUUGCAAUUCUAUGAACUCAUGAUUGACCCAAGUCAACAAAUAAAUUUCGUAACUGAAUGGUUAUUUGACAUGUAUAUUGAAAAUGUAAAUCAUUAAUGUAAGAGGUUAAGUUCACAUUUUGGCAUCUUUGCCUUUUAUUGUAAUGUAUACCUUUGUGCAGCCAUUUUAUAAACCAUAAUUAAACUAAUCCUUUUAUGUGAAUCUUACAGGCAAAAGAAUGCCAAAGAGAGCACGGUGGAGAACUGAAUCACAAGCAGCAUUAAAAUGCAAAGGCACAAAUCAAAAUCUUAUUAGUUCCUAUGGAAAUCCCCAAAACUCUUCUUCCCCAGCAGCUUACAGAUAAGGAAGACAAUACCAGGAAAAGAGUUUUGAGCUGGACAAAAUAUCGAGUAUCUGGAAGAAACAUAUCAAAAUAUCAAAGGGAAUAAUUUCCUAGUUCAGAAAUAGUGGGAAAUAUCUGGAAGUCAGUGGAAACGAAAAGGCCACUUGGACAGCCAGAUAAGGCAGAUCGUAAUGUAGGCCUCGCCCUUUGAGGAAGGAAACAGUUAUUUGAAUCAAUGCUCCAUCCAACAUGGGAUUGAGAGUAUUUUUGAUGUCCUUGAGAAUCCAAGAAUCUCUGUGGUGGAAGAGUUCCACAGAACUGCCUAUUGUGGGAAAAUCAAAAAUUAUAGAUCAUAGCCAAUUAUGCCCGAGAGGAUCCUCACGGGAGAAACACCCUAUCAGUGUUUCUAAUGCAGCAAAAGAACAGCCUCCCCGUUAUUCAUGUAAAGGCUCAUAUCAGAGAAAAGCCCUACCAGUUGUCUCAAUGUGGCAAAAGCUAUACCAAGCAGCUCAAUGUGAUAACACACCAGAGGCCUCACACAGAGAAACCAUACAUAUGUCCAGGUUGUGGGAAAUGUUUCCGUCAUAAUUCCAUUCUGGUGUUACACCAGACAACACACACAGGAGAGAAACCAUAUGUUGUGGUCCGUCAGCAGCCUGCAGAGCUGGCAAUAGAGUCGGACAGUGAGG